AAAACAUAUGGAUUUAAUUACUUAUAUAACGACGUGCGUAAAUACCUAGACGGGAUUGGAUAGGCAUUUAGCCAGUCAUACUUAACCCAACCUAACGCAACCUUCCUGACACGAGGGACGAGAAAGGGGCUUGCAUAGACGAGAAUACGUCAGGAGCGGAUCCGUCUAUGGGAUUAGGUCAAUGAAAUUAGACGAGAGAAUUGCGUUUCUGUUUGAACCGAUAGUAUAACUCUCUCGGAAACAUGUGGCUGGAGGAGUGCGACAGUUUUGCCGAGCUCUGUCGUGGAUACUUGCCGUACUAUUUGUUAAUAGUCCUGCCGAUCUUCAUCAUAAUCUCCCCGGUUAAUCCCGUGGCCGCGUCGCAUGAGUUCCCCGUGUAUCGUAUGCACCAGUAUGACUUGCACGGAGUUCCACACGGUUGUCGAAGCGCACCAAUCUCCCUGGAGGCGAGAUCGUUGACUGGAUGGAGCACUUCCAGGCAUUGCGUUGUUGCGAAGGCUCUGGAUAUCACACCGUCUGUCUUCCAGUCCAUUAAAAGCAAAGCUGGUGCAUUGGUGAUUGUUUUACCUGAGAAAAUGAAUGAACUUACGACAGAGGAAAGAGAGCAUAUUAUAAAUCUAGAAGCAUUUAUGAUAUAUGGUUCCGAGACAAUGAUACCGGUAUACUUUGCAUUGUGGCAUCCAGAUCUUCAAAUAAUCCUGGAUGAUAUUGCUGAUGGAUUUAUUACCGAUGAAAAAGCUGGUUCGGCAGCAGAGGCCAUGUAUAACUCAAUUUCUGCUAGUGGUUAUCAAGUAGUAGUGGCCACUGGACAGGCACUUCCUAAAACAGAUAUUAAAGUUGCCACAUUGCAUGGCAAAUUGACUGGAACUGGGGCUGAGGAAAAACUACCUACUAUAGCAAUAGUAACGCAUUAUGAUAGUGCUGGUGUAGCACCUGAACUAUCAUUUGGUGCAGAUAGUAAUGCUUCCGGUAUAGCUAUGCUAUUAGAAAUAGCAAGACUAUUUUCUGCUUUAUACUCAACUGGUCGAUCAAGACCACAAUAUAAUCUUGUGUUUAUUGCAACUGGAGCUGGUAAAUUAAACUACCAAGGUAGUAAGAAAUGGUUGGAAGAUCAAUUGGAUGGGCUUGAGGGAUCUAUUAUACAAGAUGCAGCUUAUGUAAUCUGUCUUGACACAGUUUCGGCGAGCGAUAGUUUAUUUAUGCAUGUGUCAAAGCCACCCAAAGAAAAUUCGUCUGGUGGUCUAUUUUACAAGGAACUUAUGAUUGUGUCCCAAUCUUUGAACACUAGCAAUGUUACAAUUCAUAAGGUUCAUAAAAAGAUAAAUCUUGCAGAAGAAACAUUAGCUUGGGAACAUGAAAGAUACAGCAUUCGAAGAUUGCCAGCUGCGACUUUAUCCACAUUAGAAAGACACGAAAAUCCAGUCAGAACUACUAUACUAGAUAUUGCUAAAAAUGAACAAGUAGAUACAUUAUACAAGCAUACCCAAGUUGUAUCGGAAGCAUUAGCACGUCAUAUAUAUAACUUGAGUUCUAGUCAAAUCUUUUCUGGCUCAUUGGAAGUAUCAAAAGAGUCACUGUCUUUAUGGUUUAAUUACUUUGCUUCUCAACCGAGAGCAGCAUCACUAUUAACAGAUAAAAACAAUUUGCUAGUCAGUACAUUGAAAGAAGCAAUGGCAAGAUAUUUGGGAGAUAUUAAAGUUACUCUCCAUAUUCCUGAUAAGCGAGAUCCAGAAUUUGUAUUCUAUGAUGUUGCAAAAGCAAUUCUAAAUGUAUAUAGUGUAAAGCCAGCUGUGUUUGAUCUCUUUCUUACAAUCGGCAUAGUUUUGUACUUGGGAAUAUUGUACAUGAUUGUGCAUAAUUUCUCACAUGUUUAUUCCCUGGCAACAAAACUUUCUGCAAAGAGUAAAACAUCUUAAAUCUUAUUUUACAUUUACAAACAAAAGUGAUUUUUUUAACAUCAAUUUAUUACUAAUGUUAAACAGUCGCUAUAUUGUAAAAAAGUUGAUUUUGGAGUUCUUAUAGAUAUAUAUAUUUCCUCCAAAGUACUAUAUAUAAGUUCUUUAAAAUGAUUGUAUGUUGAUAUAUUUAUAUAUCUGUUCAAGGCGAAUAAUUUAUGACAAAUCCAAAUAUACAAGUUUAUUUGUGUGUUGUAUAUUAGUUUGACAAAUUUUUAAUUAUAAAAUAGUUACACAGAAA